GUUUUAUCAUCUGUUCUGUACAGGAAUGCUCCGACUGCUCAGCAAACACAGAGAGAAGCACGACAGGCCACCUUCCUCUUCAGAAGAGGACUCAAAGUUCAUACACAAGUUCAGAAGACAAAGUCUGCUCAAGCCACACAGAGAACGCGCUCGUGGCGCACUCCUACAAACAACAGUGGCAUCCUCACUGUGUCAAUAGACAACCCCACAGCUAGAACACAGCCUGAGCCGGCUCAGUCCUGGUCCCUGCACCCCGUGACUCCAGCACGCCCCUCACCUCCUCGAGAGGAGCCGGAGAGGAAACCUCCUAAAGGUGUCACCCUGCAGUUUGAUAUCAACAGUGUUGGGAAACAGACUGAAAUGACCCUCAACGAGCGGUUCCGCCUCCUGAAGGACCAGCGUGUGGCGGCAGCACAGCAGAGCAGCAAAGGAGGCCGCUUCGUCACUGUGGCCUAGAGCUGAACUCUCUGUUCCUGUGUGAUCAACAACAAUCCUACAGGACAGAACAGGCAAACAGCUGAACUAACGCUGUUCAUGACUCACAGUGAUUAGCCCUAAUAGAGGAGACUUCAUCAGAAUGUGGAUAUGCCGGUUCUCUGGAGAAGGAGACGUUGGGGAAGUGACUGAUUUUUUUUUUAUUUUUCUAAAAAGCUGCCAUGCUGUCCUCACAAAGCAAGUAUUAACUGUCGUCCCUGAGUUUCAGUUACGUUGUCGUCUCCUGAGCUGCCCUUGGUAUGUGAUGGCAUCCUGUUUUUUUUAUAUAUAUGCAUAAAGUUGUUGCAGCUCUAUGACUUGAAACAUUUCUGGAUAGACUUGGGUUUUCACAAAGCAGAUGUAUGAAACAGAACAUUCUUUUUGUAGAGCAAAAAAAGACUGUUUUAAGAUGUUUUAUAUGAUUUCAAAUUAAAAAACAUUGUGAAA